AUGGCAGCCAGCGAAGGGCCAAAACUUCUCUGGAACCCCGACAGCGUUCGAGAUGUUGCCGACGCGUUAGGAAUAUCACUUGCCGAUGAGCCUCUGCGGGUACUCGCCCAGGAUGUCGAGUACCGCAUCGGGCAAGUAAUCGUCGAGUCGUUGCGCUUCAUGCGCGCCGCCAACCGCACCACCCUCACCGUCCAGGACGUGUCGCAAGCGCUCAAGGUGCUCGACGUGGAACCGCUCUACGGUUAUGAAUCCACACGGCCGCUGCGUUACGGCGAGGCCAGCCUUGGCCCUGGGCAGCCGCUCUACUACAUCGAUGACGAGGAGGUCGAUUUUGAGAAGGUCAUCAACGCGCCGUUACCAAAGGUCCCACGAGACAUGAGCUUCACAGCCCAUUGGCUCGCCGUCGAAGGCGUCCAGCCGUCCAUCCCCCAGAACCCGACAACCGCCGAAACCUCGUCAAAAGACCUCUUGCCCAAGGGGCCCGGUGCAAAUCCCGCCCUGGCUGCCCUCGCUGGCAACGACAACGUCUCCUUCCGACCCUUAGUCAAGCAUGUCAUCAGCAAGGAACUGAUACUAUACUUUGACAAAAUCCAAGCCGCUAUUCUGGACGAUGACCCGGAUGAGGAGAAGACGCGGCUGCGUGAAGCAGCUCUCGAAUCCGUCCGCUCCGAUCCCGGCCUGCACCAACUGCUCCCGUAUUUCGUGACCUUUAUCACCAACCAAGUCACCCACCGGCUCGACGACCUGUUUGUCCUCCGACAGAUGAUGGAGCUGGCCGAGGCCGUAAUCCAAAACCCAAACCUUUUCCUAGACCCGUACGCGAGCUCCCUCUCGGCCCCCGUGCUGACCUGCCUCAUGUCGCGCAAGCUGGGCGGCGGGGCGGCCGACGAGGAGCAGGGCGCCGAAGCCGUGCGCGAGCAGUACCGGCUGCGCGAGCUGGCGGCCAGCCUGCUCGAGAUGAUUGCGCGCAAGUACGGGGCGACCAGCGCGCUGCUGCGGCCCAAGCUGACGCGCACCUGCCUCAAGCACUUCCUCGACCCGACGCGCAGCCCCGCCGUCCUGUUCGGCGCCAUCAGCGGCGUGGCCGCCGCCGGCGGGCCCGAGGCCGUCCGCGUCCUGGUGCUUCCUAACCUGAAGAGCUUUGACGCGGCCGUCCUGCAGCCCCUGCACGACAAGGGCGAGGCGCACGCGCUAGAGUUUGAGAUGCUCGUGGGCGGCAUCAUGAAGGCUAUUGAAAGCCUUGUGGGCAGCGAUAAGGCCGUUUCGAAUGGGGUAAACGGGGUCGACCUGUCGAGGGAGACUGAGCAGGUUGUUGAGUUUUUGGGCCCAAUCAUUGGGCACAGAGUGGGACGGUUGGGGAAUCACGCCUUGAACAGGGCCAUUCUGGAGGUCCGGCAUUUGGACUGA